CGUGCCGUGGCAUUUUUUUUAUCACCGUGUGUACACUAGUCGUCAUUUACGCCGUCGCGUUGUUAAACCGAUUGUUGUACCACAUUUCGCGCGGGUUUCCGUAACCCUAGCGCUGCAAGGAUCGCUUCCAGUCAGUGUGGCUGUGGAGCCUCUGAACGUCUGACAAGGGAAUUAAUAGUAAUCAUUGCAGCAACUCUUCAGUUCCGCUUGGUGGUGUCGUGUCGAUAGACUAACCUUGAAUUCGUGUGUUUGUGUGUGCUGGAAAGUGUUAGUGUGCGUACCCGUUGGAAACAACGAGAAGCUCCAGCAGGUUGGUGUUGCGGGAGCGAAGUGUUUGAAGUGUAUCUCCCUCCCAUCCCCAGUACCGACGGUAUCUGGGUAGGGAAAUGUCCAUACGUGCGAUGACAGCUGGUGAGCACCGGUUGUAAAGCAAACGUUUAGCGCAAAUAGCCCAAAAAAAAACAAAUCGACGCACAUUAUUACGCAAACUACCGUAAAGCCGCAAGUGUCAUCGGUGUGCGUGUGUGUUUUUUUCUGCCACGUGCAGUGUCUAACAUUCCGCGUAUAUUUGCUGCGUGGACAAAAGUAAUAAUACUCUCCAGUGUGUGCGUGGAUCUGUAAUCCGUAAGCAAUCGCCUAGCGUCGAAAGAAGUUCCAGAGUAAGCGUACGACCUAGCCGCGCAUAAAACCAAUCCGUCGCAGCGUACAAGUCGAUCGAACACGGCCAUGGAUCCGUACGGUGGAGGCUGGCCGGCUUCACCGUUGCGUGCUGGUGGUGGAGGCGGUGGCGGCAUGUAUGACAACAUCUCGAACGAUGGCAUACCGAUGGAUGCGCUGGCCGAGCUGCAGGAUACGGGAUUUGAGCCGCAGACCAGGGCACGCUCCAACACCUGGCCGCUGCCGAGGCCAGAGAAUUUUGUCGAGCCGGAAACGGAACCGGACAGCAAUAAGUGCAGUAAUCAGCAGCUGGCCAAUACCGGAUCCAGCAAUACACAGUUGCAGGCGGCCGCCUCGUCCUCGUCGAAGAAAAACUCAUCACGGCGUAACGCUUGGGGCAAUCUGUCGUACGCCGACCUCAUCACACAAGCCAUCAGCUCAGCCACCGAUAACCGGCUCACGCUCAGCCAGAUCUACGAGUGGAUGGUGCAGAAUGUGCCGUACUUCAAGGAUAAGGGCGACUCGACCAGCAGCGCCGGUUGGAAGAACUCGAUCCGGCACAAUUUAUCGCUGCACAAUCGCUUCAUGCGAGUACAGAACGAGGGUACGGGCAAAUCGUCCUGGUGGAUGCUGAACCCGGACGCAAAACCGGGCAAAUCGGUGCGCCGGCGGGCCGCCUCGAUGGAAACGUCCAAGUACGAGAAGCGCCGGGGCCGGGCGAAAAAGCGCGUCGAAGCGAUACGGCAGCAGGCUGCCCUCGGUCUGGCCACCAACCCUCUCAACGAUGCCACCCCGUCACCGAGCAGUAGUGUUAGUGAAGGAUUAGAUCUGUUUCCAGAGAGUCCACUGCAUAGUGGUAACUUCCAGCUGUCGCCCGACUUCCGCCAGCGUGCCUCCUCAAAUGCGAGCUCGUGCGGUAGGUUGAGCCCGAUCCAGUCGAUCGUGUGUGUUGAUAAUGUGUGGAACUACACGACGGAGGAUGUGGCCGACCUGGCCGAUAACGCGGACCAGGCACAGGGUGAGGAGCUGGAGAUAGAUAUCGGUGCACUCGAUCAGCUGGCCGGGUCGUUGGCCGAUGAUCUGACACUGCAUCAGAACGAUUUCUUCACCGGGUUCACCCAGUCGACGGCGAUGCACAAUCAGCCGCCACCGCCACCGUACCAACCGCCCGCACCCUACACACUGAUGGCCUCGGUCGCCCCAUCGUACAGUCUCCCGCAGCAACCGAAUCAGUGUCCGAUUCAUCGCAUACAACAUUGUACCUGCAUGCUACAGAAUAAUGCCCGUGAGAGCAUCUCACCGGCGUCCGGAACUGGCAUGUCGCCCUCAUAUCCGCACAGCGAACCGUCACCUGACUACGCCAUGCUAAUUGGAUCUCGCGUAAUACAAAGAACGCCCUCGUCUAGUCCUCCGCUAACGCCAAACACGAUCUGCGGAUUGAUAGCACCACCACCGCAGCAAGAUCCAACACCGCAGACGCUAAUGGGUCAAGUGAUGGAAGCUUUAAACAGCCAAACAAACAUCGACGACAUCAACAUCAACGUAGAAUCGUUUCCCUGCGUGGACGAGGUGCUAAAGCACGAGCUCAGCUUGGAGGGAUCGCUCGAUUUCUCGAACCUGCCGCUCUCGAUCCACAACAGCUACGCGGCACCAAACAAUUCCAACUCGUCCGACUCGUCGUCCGGGAUCAGUGCGAUGACCGCACCGUCAACGAACCAGCAGGCCGCCGCACACAACCACGGCCAGUACGCGGCCCGGACAAGCGUAACACCACCGUCCUGGGUGCACUAAGGACGUACCGGGUGUGUCGAGAGUGUGUGUGUGUAUGUGGUGAAAGUGAUACGUGAUCGCUUUACCCUCAAACGACCAGUGCCCAGUGCUGUGAGAAUAUAACCACCCCUCGAAAGCUCAGCUUUUGGUGGGAAGGACCGCGAAUCAACGAUCCAACCUGGAGUGGAGUUAUGCCCGUGAAGUUAUGCCAACAACGCUUCAUAGACGUUCAGCCGAACAGCCAGAUUUUGUGGCUGCCUGCUGCUGCGGUGUGCGAUCGUACGAUUUCGUAUUACGAAAAACGCUCAUACAACUAAAACAAAAAAAAAACACAAACC